AAAAUAUCCAAUUUUACAUAAAUAUCUAAAAUGGAAAAGAUCAAAGAGUUCUACAAGGAAAAUGAGAAACUCUGCCUUGGCUUAGGAGCUGCCGCUACCGUAGUUACUGCAGGAGCUCUCCUUCUCAGAAAGGGAAAGCGCAUUCCCAAGAAGGACCCUGUCCCUCUCUUCUUCCAGUGGAAGAACGACCCAGGAUUCACUAAGGAAAACAUCAGUCUUUACAGAACAGAAGCGAUGAGGAGAUCUGAGAUAGUGAGUGAUGUCAGAUACACUCUCUUUAUGUCCUACGGACUUGAAGAGAGUUUCAGAGGGAAACUCACCACUCAAUUCAAGCUCAACACAACUGAAUUUGAAGAGAGCGAGCUCUUCUUUGACUUCCAAGGAGAAGCCAUAGCUGCUCUUGAAGUUAACGAUGAAAGAGUUGACUUCAAGUUUGAAGAUCAAAGGAUCUUCUUCCCAAAGGAGACUCUUUCAGAAGGAAUCAAUGAAGUCACUCUCAAGUUCAAGAAUACCUACGUUAGGAACGGAGCUGGGCUACAUUGGUUCAGAGACCCAGGAGAUGAUAGAGUAUAUCUUUACUCCCAUCUCGAGCCUUUCUUCUGCCACAGAAUCUUCCCAUGCUUUGACCAGCCAGACCUGAAAGCUCCCCUGAGCCUAACAGUUCAUUGUCCAAUUAGAGAGUGGGUUGCGAUAGGAAACGGAAAGUUCAAGGAACGAUUUGACCUGGACUCUGACAAAGGUCAGAAACUCAUUGACCAAGAGGACUUGACCUCCUUGACGAUCUCUGAAGAGGGAUCUUUCCAUGUCUUCGAGGAUAGCCCUCUCCAGAGUACCUACAUCUACAUGUUUGGUGCAGGGGAGUACCAUCAUUUCAACAAUGACGAUCCCAAAGCUCAAGUGCCUAUGAAGAUUUUCUGCAGACAAAGCGUGAAAGAUCUCGUACCUUUCAAGGAUAAAUUCAGAACCGUCGUCGAAGGGAUCAACUUCUUCAACAAGUACUUCAAGCUAAAGUAUCCAUUUGACAAGUACGACCAGAUCUUCUGCCCUGAGUUCAGAAUUUCAGCGAUGGAGAACAUCGGUGCCAUUACCUUCUCUGAGAGGCUCCUCAGGAAGGAGUCCGAUAGGACCUCUGAACAGCACACCAGACAUAUGUAUGUCACCCUCCAUGAGCUCUCUCAUAUGUGGUUUGGAGACUUAGUCACAAUGAAGUGGUGGGAAGAUCUCUGGCUCAAGGAAAGUUUCGCAGAUUUCAUGGGGGCUCUCUGCCUUACCUCAUGUGAGAAUCUUGCCGAUUUUAAGAAUGGAGAAUGCUUCUUCCUGACCUUCAAAUUUGUGGCAAUGAACUUCGAUCAGAGAUUUACCACUCAUCCUAUCUUGGCACCAAUUAAGCACACAGAAGACGCCACUAGCGUGUUUGACCCAAUCAGUUAUGACAAGGGAGCCUCGUUCAUCAACAUGGCUAGUUAUAUGCUUGGAAAGGAUGUGAUGCAGGAAGCUGCUAGCAAAUAUCUCAACAAGUUCCAAUACAAGAACACUGAGCUACCUGAUUUCAUCAAUUGCUUAGAUGAAGCUUACAAGAAAAACAAUGAUGAUGACUUUGAUAUCUAUGAAUGGACAGAUACUUGGCUUAAGACCCAAGGAUUCAACUCUAUUGAACCCAGGAUCAUCUAUAGCGAGGAUGGCCAAACUAUUGAGAAGUUCGAGAUAGUUCAAACCUGUGUACAGAACUCCACUGAAGUCUUCAGAAGCCAGAAAAUACAGAUUGCAUUUUAUGAUGAAAACAACGAAGAAACACUCUUUGAUAACAUUCUCAUCAAAGGUGUGGAGGUCACCACUGUUGAAGAGCUUGCCGGAAAGGCUACACCAAAAGGAAUCCUCCUCAAUUCUAACAACUACGGAUACUGCAGAAUCGGGUUUGACGAAGCUUCCAUUGAGUAUUUUAAGGAAAACACCCAACAUAUCAAAUCUGACCUGAACAGGAACUUUAUCUACAGAUCUCUGUGGCAAUAUUACCAGGCAAACCAGACUCCAUUUGAGAAUUAUUUCACACUUGCCAAGAACAGCUUGCUUUCAGAGACAAGUAUGAAUGCUGUUGAAGUUUUGCUCAACAGCAUCUCCAAAUACAACUUUUCCUACACAAAGCCAGCGGAUAAAGCAGAGGCUUACCAAGCCUCUUAUGAGCUGGCUCUUGAACUAUUCAAGAAGACUGAGAAUCAGCACGACAGAAACUCUAUCUCAGAGUAUGUGGUUAGGUUCUUGUCCUCGAAGACCCAAGCAGUGCAGUUCUUAGAAAAGAACACAAUCUUGGAUUCUAACGGUAACCCUGUUCAUGAAGACUUUGAGCUGACCCAGGUAUCUAGGCACUACCUAAUCACCUCAAUCCAUUCAACUCAUGAAAUCAAUGCAGAAGUUAAGCAGAAGUUCCUCGAAGCAAACACCGCUUCCAAGACUUUCGAAGAAAAGAAGCUCGAAAUAGCAUGCGACGCUGCUAACCCUGACAACAAGGAAAAGUGGUGGAACUCCUUCAUUGAUGGUACUGAAUACAGUAAGGAAGAGUAUUGUGCUGCAAUGGAUUGGUUCUACUCUUCCAGCAGCGAGAUUUUAAUGGCAGAGUAUGCUCCUAAGUUCUUCGAAAAUUUGAAUUUGGUCUUCCAGACCAAACACAGAGACUAUGCUGAAGAAUUCAUCACUAGACUCUGCCCUAUCAACCUUGGUAGGGAGGAGGACAAGCAGAAGCUUGAUGACCUCUACCAAGCUGCUGAAGAAGACAGAACUCACUACAAGAAGUACUUGAAGAUAGCAUCUGAAGAUCUUGCCGAUGUAAUUUCCAAAAGACAGUAAGCACUAGUAUGACCAAAAUGCAGGUUGGCCAAUCCUGAUAAUUCUUAGCCAAUUAUUCA